AAUUCCACCAGAACUUUUUAUCAUGAUUAUCCUAAUAAUCCUUACAUAAAUGCCCAAUACAUUGCCGGAAAUAAACUCUUUCAAUCAAGAUAUAAAAUAAUAGAACUUGGAUAUUAUCCACAAAAUGUUAAAUAUACACAAAAAGGAAAAAACAUUCAAUAUCAAAUUCCUAAUGAAUAUAUUAUAAAAACUGAAGUUGCAAAUCAGACUAAAAUUAAUAGAGUAAAUUCUCGUCUUUUGGGAGUACAUGUUUUUGGUUUUGAUAUCGAAAUAUUACACCAAAUACGAAAUGAAAAAUCUAAUAAAUUACUUUUAUCAAGAACCAUGAAUAAUAUAAUUAAUAAACGAAAAAAACUACUUAAUGAAAUACAAUCAUCAUCACAACAAAAAAAAUGA